UUGUGGUGAGCUUUGCUCUUUGCCUGAUGUCCUUUCUGGCUUGUGAGGGGAAUCCAGAAAAAGGCAAUGCUUCCCUAUUGCACUUUACUUAUCCUCUUUACAACACCACAAUCUACGAAAGUUCAGCCCCCAAAACCUAUGUGGAGAGCUAUGUGAAAAUGGGCAUUUACAUCACUGACCCAGCAUGGAACAUCAGAUACAAAAUUGCUUCUGGGGACACUAGUGGCUUGUUUACAGCUGAGGAGUAUAUCGUGGGAGAUUUCUGCUUUUUGAGAAUUAGAACCAGAAGUGGCAAUACUGCCCUCUUGAACAGAGAAAUCAAAGACAAAUACAUGCUAAUAAUUCAGGCGCUAGAGAAAACAUUUUCCUUUGAGGCUUGGGCCAAAGUGCUAAUCCAUAUCCUUGACAGAAAUGACUUGAAGCCUCUCUUCUCACCACCAUCUUAUAAAUUGACUAUUCAAGACAACACUCCCCUAAAAAAUGCAAUUGGUGUGGUCAGUGCCACGGAUGCUGAUGUUGGCCAAAAUGCAGAAUUCUACUAUGCAUUAAAUACAAGGUCAGAGCUGUUUACUGUUCACCCCACCAGUGGGAUAGUGAUGACUGCUGUGAGUCUGAAUGCCACCCACAGAGGGAAGCACCGUUUGCAGGUCCUGGCUGUGGACAGAAUGAGGAAGAUCUCUGAAGGAAAUGGCUUUGGAACCUUGGCCCCUCUUACAGUCCAGGUGGAACCAUCUGUCAGGAAACCCCCCAUUAUCACAUCAGUGAUGGUGAGUCCAUCGGAUUCUGUGGAUGAUCUUCUCUAUGCUACCUUGAGUGUGGAAGCAGAUGGGUCUGGAGCUGGGAUAGAUUCAGUUGAAAUUGUAGACGGAGACCCAAGAAGGAAUUUCAAGUGCACCAGAUCGUAUGUGGGAAGUAAUGAGUUCAUGAUAGUGUCAGCCAAAGGAGAGAUCAAUUGGCAUGAUAACCCACUUGGUUUCAACCUCAGCCUGCAGGCAACGGACAAAAGCAAACCACCUCUUUUUUCCCAGAUCGUAGUUGUUCAGAUACCACCUUCAAAAUACACCUCUGCCAGAUUUGAAAAAGGCACGUAUCAAGUACAGCUCAAUGAAUGUGCCCCUCUUGGGAGCCAUGUUGCUAUGAUUCAAAUUUCUCCAGUUCUCCCAAAUCUAAAAUACAUUUUGAAACCCACUUCAGACAGCUCAGGUUUUAAAAUAAACCCUCAAACUGGCCUGAUAACUACAGCCAAAGUACUAGAUUUCCAAGAACAGUCCCACUUUGAACUUGAGGUUACAACCAGCUACAGGCAGGACUCUGCCAGUGUCUCUAUUGACAUUAUUGAUUGCAACAACCAUGCACCAAGCUUUAGCCAAGCUUCGUACCACAGCACCUUUGAUGAAAAUCUGCCUCUUGGUACCAGUGUUUUAUCAGUGAAAGCUACAGAUAGAGACUCUGGGGAAAAUGGUUUCAUCACAUAUGUUAUAGCCAACCAGAGAGCUGUUCCCUUUGACAUUGAUCCAUUUUCAGGUGUCAUCUCCACCUCCAAAUUAAUGGAUUAUGAGGUAAUGCAGAGGCAGUACCACUUGCGUGUCUGGGCAUCAGACUCGGGAUCUCCUUUUCGCCAUCAGACGGAGGUUUAUGUUUCCCUCAUUCUGAGUAACCUGAAUGAUAACAUGCCUGUGUUUGAGAAGGUCAAUUGCAAUGGAAGUAUUCCAUGGAAUUUGCCUGUUGGUCGCCCUGUAAUCAUAAUGUCAGCCGUUGAUAUAGAUGAGCUGCAGCGCAUAAAGUAUGAAAUUAUGUCUGGCAAUGAGAAGCAGCUUUUUGAACUGGACCCUGUCACUGGUAUGAUUUCCCUUAGAACUUCUCUCAGAGAGCUCUACACUGAACUACCAACAUUCUACACUCUUAAAAUUACUGCUACAGAUGGAGAUAGCUAUGCUUUCCCAACAUGCGUAAAUAUCACAAUAGUCAAUCAGGACACCCCACUCCAGUUUCAGUGUGAGGAGACGGGGGUGCUGAAGGAACUGAAAGAGUCUAUAAUCCACUUUCAAUCUCCAGAGCAAAACCUAGACGAAGAUACCUCCUUGAAUGUACAUCUUAUAAAUCAUCAUGCACCUCAGUUUGAUGACACCUUUCCAAGGUCAAUUGAUAUCAUGGAGACAGCCCCAAUCAACUCAACCAUUGCUAACCUAACAGCCAUAGAUAGAGAUACUGGCUUUAAUGGAAAGAUGGUCUAUGUAAUAUCUGAUGGAAACGAAGAUAGUUGCUUUUAUAUUGAGACAGAAACAGGUCUUCUUCGGGUAUCCUCUCCUUUAGAUCAUGAAAGAACAAUCUUCUAUGUGCUUAACAUUACAGUGUAUGACCUUGGCACUCCUCAGAAGUCAUCAUGGAAGCUGCUAGCAGUAAACAUUUUGGAUGCAAAUGAUAAUGCUCCUAAAUUUGAACUCAGUACAUACUUGGUUAAAGUACCAGAAGACAUAAAAACAGGCACAGUAAUAGCAGAGGUGAAAGCAAAUGAUGCAGAUUCAAAUGACAACGGGAAAGUGAAAUAUUCCUUUCUAGCACCCACUGAUAAAUUUGCCAUCAAUAGUGUCACCGGAGAAUUAGUUGUGACUGCUCCCCUUGACAGAGAAUUGUGGCCUUGCUAUGUAUUAAAAAUUGAGGCCAGAGACCAGCCACAAAUAGGCCAUCAGCUGUUUGCAGUUGCUGAUCUGAUUAUUUCUUUGGAGGAUGUAAAUGACAAUUCCCCACGCUGCAUCCCAGCCUUGAACAGAGUGAAGGUUCCUGAGGACAUACCUCUUCGGACAACUCUGCUGUUCCUGGAAGGCUUUGAUCCCGAUACUAGCUCUGGGGGAAGGCUGAAGUACAGUCUCUUCAGUGAUGAUGAGGAUACGUUUCAUCUAAAUGAAUUGACAGGGGCCCUGCUCUUGGAGAAAGAGCUAGACUAUGAGAAACGGGAAUCUUACAAUCUGUCUGUGAAGGUCAGUGAUGCUGGGAAGCCGUUUUCUCUCUCUUCUCUUUGCCACAUUGAGAUUGACAUUUUGGAUGUCAACGAAAAUUUGCAUCCUCCUCGCUUUGCUUCUUUUGUGUAUCAAGGGUCAGUGCAAGAAAACAGUCAAGAGGGGACAUCUGUGAUAAGAGUAAUAGCUCAAGAUGCAGAUCAAGGAAAAGAUGGACAAAUCCAGUAUUCCAUCAGAGAGGGAACGGACCUGACUUCAUUCAGUAUUGAAAAGGACUCAGGUACAAUCAUUACCACGGGACCACUAGACAGAGAAUCCAACUCUCAUUAUUGGCUGACAGUGCUAGCUGUUGAUCUAGGAUCAAUCCCUCUGUCUUCUGUUGCUGAAAUUUACAUUGAGGUCACUGAUGUAAAUGACAAUUCACCUCAGAUGUCCAGUCCUGUCUUCUAUUCUUCUGUUAUGGAGAAUUCACCUCCCAACACCUCCAUUCUUCAGGUUGAAGCCACUGACCCAGAUUCUGGUUCCAAAGGGAAGCUGACCUUCCAUAUCAUCAGUGGAAACCACCACAGAUUCUUUGACAUUAAUCCUGUCACUGGACUGAUUUAUACCACUUCUCAGCAGCUAGAUCGUGAAGACAAGGCUGAACAUAUCUUAGAGAUUUCUGUUUCUGACAAUGGGGAUCCAGCUCUGAUAUCCAGCAGCAGAGUUGUAAUCCAGGUCAUCGAUGUCAAUGAUAACCCUCCCAGCUUCUCCCAAAAAUUAUUCAUGAUUCAUCUCCCAGAGAGGGCAGCAUCCGAGACUCCUUUGCCAGUCUACAGGGUGAUCGCUGCAGAUCGUGAUGAGGGUCUGAACUGCCAAGUCACUUACAGCCUUGAAGAAAACAAUGAGGAAUUCUUUAGUAUCCAUCCAGUUACAGGCAUGGUGUUCUCCAAAAAGGCUUUUCCUGCCCAGGAGUACAACAUACUAACGGUCAAGGCAACUGAUGGUGGCAGUCCUCCACUUUCCUCGAGUGUGAGGCUUCACAUCAGUUGGAUCCCGAACCCUGUCCCCUCCUCAGAGCCAAUGGUUUUUGAUGAGCUUCAUUUCAACUUUGCUGUCAUGGAAACAGACCUGGUGAAUCACAUGGUGGGAAUGAUCAGUGUUGAGGCUGGGCUCAGCCAGCUCUGGUUUAACAUCACAGGUGGUGAUGAUGAUAUGGAUUUUGACAUCGAGAAGAACACUGGUAGCAUUGUUAUUGCAAGAGCCUUGGAUGCAAAGAAAAGAUCAAACUACAACCUCACAAUCGAUGUAACUGAUGGGUCAAACAGCAUCAAAACACAGGCCUAUAUCCGUGUGAUUGACAUUAACCAGCAUUCCCCCAAGUUUUUGGAGAACCGAUAUGAGGCAUACAUUCCUGAAGACACACCUCCUGGGACAGAAGUUGUUUGGGUUAGUGCUAUAGACAAGGACCAUGGGAAAGGAUUGAUUUACACCAUUCCUAGCAGUGUGGAUCCCAGAAGCAUGAAGUUCUUUCAGAUGGACCCAAACAGUGGUACACUCAUGACUGUGGCAGGACUCGAUUCUCAAUCCAUGGCACUGCACACCUUGACAGUGAUGGUACGAGACCAGGAGGUCCCAAUCAAGCGGGACUUUGCCAGAAUUGUCAUCCAUGUAGAGGACUGUAACAACCAUCCUCCCCAGUUCACUAGUCUCCAUUAUAAAGCAGAGGUUUUGGAUGCAGCACCAGUGGGCACAGAGGUUGUGCAAGUCCAAGCCCUGGAUGAAGACAAAGGAGUUAAUGCUGAAAUACAGUACUACCUUCAGGCAGGGAACAAUGGAGAUUUCUUCACUAUCAACCAGUUCUCUGGAAUUAUUACUCUUUCUCAGAAGCUGGAUCAGUGCAGGCAAGAGAGAUUCACUCUCACUGUAAAGGCAGAAGAUCAAGGAUUCCCCCAGCUGAAGGACUCAGCUGCUGUGCACAUUCAGAUUAAGCCUUCUGAUGGCACACCUCCCCAAUUCACAGAAGAGGAAUACGUUACAGAAAUCAAUGAAUCUGCAGCGAUAGGCACUCCUGUCAUCCUUGUUUCAGCCACAAGCUAUUCGCUUAUUACCUAUGAAAUUAAAGAAGGAGACAAGCAUGGCUUAUUUUCCAUCAACUAUCAAUCUGGCCUUAUUUCUACUCAAAAGAAUAUAGAUUUUGAGCAGGCCUCAUCUUAUCAGCUGAAGAUCCGUGGCACCAACAUGGCAGGAGCAUUUAUGGAUGUUCCAGUGUUUGUUUAUAUCAUAGACAAAAAUGAUAAUGCACCUGUCUUUGAUAAGCCUUCCUUUGUUGGCUGGAUCAAUGAGAACGUUCCAUUUGGUAGUAUGGUUAUGGAUGAAAACAAUGCCCCACUAGUGAUACAUGCAUCAGAUGCUGAUCGAGAUUCUAAUGCUUUAUUGGUCUAUGAAAUCUUGCAGCCAGAGGCACUGGUUUUUUUCAAAAUAGAUCCAAGCAUGGGCACUCUUACGAGCUGUGCUGAUAUUGAUUAUGAAGGUAUCCCAGUUUUCCACUUCAGUGUACACGUACACGACUGUGGCAACCCCACUUUAUUUGCUUCUAAACUGGCUGAAGUUACCAUUUAUAUCAGAGAUACAAAUGAUUGUCCUCCCAUAUUUUCAAAAGGCAUCUAUGAACUUUCUAUAGCACUUCCAGUCCAUCAUGGUAUGGAGCUUCUUACAGUAUAUGCAGAAGAUUUAGACUCGGAGAUAUACUACAGUAUAGUGGAAGGCAAUUCUGACAAUAUUUUCUACAUCCACCCAACAACUGGCCUUAUCUCUGUGCUGAAUGCUACAAUUUUGGGAAGCUACUAUGAACUCACGGUUAUUGCUGGAGAUGGUUUGUAUAAGACCAGUGCUUUGGUUCGAAUACAUUUUAUCAAAGUUCAAGACAGCACCAUAAAAUUUGAUCAAGAUGUGUAUACAGCAACAGUGAAGGAAAACUCCACAGAUAUUAAAACUCUGAUUGUUCUUGGAGUCAUUGGAAAUCAACUGAAUGAACCACUGUUUUAUUCCAUCUUGAAUGGCAAAGACAAAUUCAGCAUGAUCCAGUCUUCAGGAGUGCUACAGACCAAGGGUGUGGCAUUUGACCGUGAAACUCAGGACAUAUAUGAGAUUGUUGUGGAGGUAAAGGACAUUAGAAAUCCACCAAGGGUGUCUCAGGCAAUUGUGAAAAUAUCUGUCGAUGAUGUUAAUGACAAUCCACCCUGUUUUGAAAAUGUGCCAUAUUAUGUAGCAGUACCAGAUGGCAUGGAACCAGGCGAUGUUGUCUUUCAGGUAUCUGCCACUGACCAGGAUUUGGGAAACAAUGGGCACAUUUUUUACUCCUUUGUGGAAGACUACAAAUAUUUCUGGAUUGAUCCCUACCUAGGGGAUAUCUCUCUCAAGAAACCUCUUGAUUAUCAAACUUUAAAUAAAUAUACACUAAAAGUUAUUGCCAGAGAUGCUGGUGAGCCUCCCUUGUAUGCUGAAGAAGAGGUUCUAAUCAUGGUGAGGAACAAAUCCAAUCCCCUGUUCCAAAGUCUGUUGUAUAUUGUGAAAGUGCCUGAAAACAUACCACUGUUCACACCUGUUCUCCACAUCCAGGCUCGGAGCCCUGAAGGCUUGCGUCUUAUGUACAACAUUGUGGAAGAAGAGGCUCUUAAACUGUUCAGCAUUGACUUCAAGACCGGUGUGCUGAUGGUCACCAGCCAACUGGAUUAUGAAUCUGAGAUGAAACAUGCUUUUACAGUCAGAGCUACAGACACAGCACUGGGUGCCUUUUCGGAAGCAAUGGUAGAAGUAGAGGUUGAGGAUAUUAAUGACAAUCCACCUGUGUUUUCUCAGGUGGUUUAUACUGCAUCUGUUUCUGAAGGCAUGCCAGCUCAGACCCCCAUUGUACAACUUUUUGCUACUGACAGAGAUUCAGGGCGAAACAAAGUCAUUUCAUAUCAGAUUGUGAAAGAUAGUUUAGAUAUUGCAAAGCACUUUAAAGCUGAUGCCAGCACAGGAGAAAUCACAACAACUCAGGCACUGGAUUAUGAAGCCAACCAUGAGUUUCAUAUUAAAGUGAAAGCCACAGACCAUGGCAUGCCUUCUCUCAGCAGUGAAGCCCUGGUGAUUGUCAGUGUGUUGGAUAUCAAUGACAACCCACCCAAGUUCAGUCAGCUUCACUAUGAGGCCAAAGUGAGUGAAACGGCUACCUGUGACCAUACUGUGUUAAAGGUCCAAGCUUUUGAUCCUGACAGCAGGGAUACUCCCAAGCUGGAAUAUUUGAUACUUUCAGGGAAUGACAGAAGACAUUUCACCAUUGAUAAUACUUCUGGAAUCAUUUCUACACGUAGUCAUUGCAAAAAGGAUCUGGAAUCUUUUUAUAGCUUGAGGGUCUCUGCAACAGACGGAGUAUUUAAGACCACAGUGCCAGUAUACAUCAAUACCACAAAUGUAAAUAAAUAUAGCCCAUCAUUUCAGCGGGACAUAUAUGAAGCAGUAUUGGCAGAAAAUGCUAAGAUAGGAACCAAGGUGAUUGAAUUGUUAGCUAUUGACCCAGAUGACGGCCCAUAUGGCACUGUAGAUUAUACCAUUAUAAACAAGCUUGGUCAAGAGAAAUUCACAAUAGAUGACAAGGGUCACAUUGAAACACUACAGAAACUGGACAGAGAAAAUUCCACAGAAAGAGUUGUUGCUAUUAAGAUCAUGGCCAAGGAUGGAGGAGGGAAGGUGGCAUUCUGCACUGUCAAGAUUAUCCUCACCGAUGAAAAUGACAACCCUCCUCAGUUCAAAGCUUCUGAAUACACUUUGUCCAUCCAGUCCAAUGUCAGCAAAGGCUCCCCAGUCAUUCAAGUACUAGCUUACGAUGCUGACGAAGGAGUGAAUGCUGAUGUCAUCUACUCUGUUGAUUCAGUAGAAGAGGUCAUUGCUGAGGAUGUGAUUGAGAUUAACCCUGCCACUGGGGUCGUUAAGGUUAAAAAGAGUCUCAGUGGGCUAGAAAACAGAACAGUGAACUUCAAAGUCAAAGCAGAAGAUGCUAGGCCUCCCCACUGGAAUUCUAUUGUCCCAGUGAAUCUUCAAGUUGUUCCAAAGGAGGUGACUUUGCCAAGAUUUUCUGAGCCACUAUAUACUUUCUCAGCAUCUGAGGACCUUCCAGAGGGAUCAGAAAUAGGAUCUGUUAGAGCUGUGGCAGAAGCCCCUAUCAUCUACAGUCUGGUAAAAGGGACCACUGCCAAAAGCAAUAGAGAUGAGAUAUUCACUUUGGAUAAGCAAACAGGGGCCUUGACCAUUCAGAAGGCAAUGGACCAUGAGAAGAUGAAGUGGUACCAAAUUGAUGUCUUGGCUCACUCCUCACACCAGAAUACUGACUUGGUCUCUUUGGUGUCUAUAAACAUACAUGUAAAAGAUGUAAAUGACAACAAACCUGUCUUUGAAGCUGAUCCCUACAGAGCCUUUGUCAUGGAGAACAUGCCCGCGGGAACCACUGUGAUUCAGGUUACUGCUAAUGACCAGGAUAACGGGGGUGAUGGGCAAGUGACCUACAACAUAGAAUCGGAAUCUGAAAACAUCAAAGAACUCUUCACCAUUGACACUGAGAGUGGCUGGAUCAUGACACUUAAAGAGCUAGAUUGUGAAGUUCAGGAAACCUACCAGUUUUACGUUGUGGCAUCAGACCAUGGCAGGAAAAUACAGCUUUCUUCCAAAGCACUAGUAGAGGUGACCAUUGCUGAUGAAAAUGACAAUGCUCCACAGUUCACCUCAAAAAUCUACAAAGGGUUUGUGGUUGAGAAUGCAGAGCCCGGUCAGAUGAUUACCACUCUCAGGACUACGGACAAUGAUAUUUCCGAGCAAAACAGACAAGUCGUAUGUUACAUUACUGAAGGAGAUGUUCUGGGACAGUUCAGUGUUGACCAAGUUGAUGGAGACUGGAGGAUUUUCUCCAAGAAGUCUCUGGAUAGGGAGAAAACAGAAAAAUAUCUGCUCAAAGUCGUGGUUUCUGAUGGAAAGUUUCAAGCAGCAACAGAAGUGGAAGUUUUGAUCCUCGAUGUCAAUGAUAACAGCCCUGAAUGCAAACAGACACCAUACAAAGGGACAGUUUCAGAAGAUGCGCCUCCGGGGUUUUCUAUUUUGAAAGUGUCAGCCACAGAUGCUGAUAUUGGGACCCAUGGCCAGAUUACUUAUAGUCUCCGUGGAUCUGGUGCUGAAAAGUUCAGAUUGGACCCCCAUACAGGGGAACUGACCACUUCUACAUUACUUGACCGGGAGCUGAGGCCUAGGUACCAGCUUGUUGCCAAGGCAACAGAUGGAGGAGGACGUUUUUGCCAGGUGGACAUCAUUGUGGACGUAGAGGAUACAAAUGACAAUGCUCCAAGGUUCUUUCUCAGUCAUCUUGCAGUUGCUGUCUUUGAUAACACCACAGUGAAGACACCCAUUGCAGUUGUCUUUGCAAGGGAUCCAGAUGAAGGUCUUAAUGCAGAAGUGGUCUAUUCUCUUCCUGAGUCAGCUAAUGGCCACUUUUCAGUAGAGGAGACAACUGGUGUGAUUCGACUAGAGAAGCCUUUGAAGGAAUCACAGGCACCUGUGCUGGAGCUUACUGUGAGUGCCACAGAUAGGGGGUUUCCACACUCUCUCUCGUCUGUUGCCACUGUAAAAGUCUCAGUAGUGGAUCUGAAGGAAUAUCUGCCAGUGUUCCUGGAUACUGAAUAUGUGGUUGAAGUACAGGAAGAUGUGGCUGUUGGCGCUGAGGUCCUGAAUCUGUCCUCACUGACAAGAGAUGGUGUGCAAGAAACAGAAAUUACAUAUGAAAUUGUGAAUGGAAAUGAUCAUGGGAAAUUCAGACUCCAGUCAGAUACAGGUAUCUUGUAUGUCAAUGCAACGUUGGAUUUUGAAAUUAGCCAUGAAUAUUACUUGUCUAUCGAGGGCAUAAGAAAGGGCUCUGCUUUACUCAGUGACAUCACCAUGGUGGUGAUCAAUGUCACAGACGUAAAUGAUCACAUGCCAAAGUUCAGCCAAGACCUUUACAUUGCUGACAUCCGUGAAGAUGCUGCUGUUGGUGAAACAGUCCUCACGGUUUUAGCUGAUGACAAAGAUGGGGUACUGAACAACCAGAUCACAUAUUCUAUUAAGGCAGGGAAUUCAAAGGGCCAUUUAGCCAUUGAUCCCCAAAGUGGACAGAUCCAUAUUGCUGAGCGUCUGGACCAAGAAGAGAUAUCCAGUUACUCUCUGAAAAUACAAGCCAUGGAUAAUGGACAACCAGCCCUUUUCAGCAAUACCACUGUGCUUAUUCGAGUGUCUGAUGUCAAUGAUAACCCACCUCGUUUCUUUCAACUCAAUUACAGUGUGGCAGUCCAGGAGAAUUCUCCAGUUGGCACAAGCGUCCUGGAGCUGAUCAUGAGUGACAGAGACUCUUCAGAGAAUGGGCCACCAUAUUCUUUCCAGAUCACUGAAGGAAAUGAAGGGAAAGCAUUCCAGAUCAACCAGAAUGGGGUGUUGGUGACAUCAUCUAUUCUGAACAGAAAAGCAAAAAAUCAGUACCUUCUUCAAGUCCAGGCCACAGAUAGUGGUGCCCCUCCUCUCUCUUCAUAUGCAUUUGUCAACAUCCAGGUGAUCCAGCAAAGCCGGUAUCCUCCUUCAGCACUCCCGCUAGAGAUUUUCAUUACUACUAAUGAAAGAGCUUUUCAAGGAGGAGUUCUUGGCAGAAUUCAUGCCACAGACCAGGACCCCCAUGAUUCUUUGCUAUACACCUUGGCAUCAGAAGCACCAAAAAAGAGACACUUUUCAGUGGGGGCUACAGAUGGAAAGAUAAUUGCUGAAAAAGGUCUUCCACAUGGCCACUAUACUCUGAAUGUAACUAUCAGUGAUGGGACUUUUGUAGUCACAACUAGUGUCCACAUUCACAUGUGGUCCUUCAGCCAGGAAGCUUUGGAUAAGGCUGUGGUGCUGCAUUUCCGCCAUCUUACCCCUGAGGAAUUUAUAGGUGAUCACUGGCGCAACCUGCAGAGGUUUCUGGAGGAGAUUCUAGGAACCAGGCGGCAGAACAUCCACAUGGCUAGUUUGCAACCUUCGCAUGCUUCCGAUGGUGUGGACCUUCUGUUGGCUAUUGGAGAGCCUCACCAUCCAGUCUAUAAGCCCAGCUUCCUUUCUAGCAGGAUUUCUCAGUCGGAUGAAGAGAUGUACCGUCGGGUAGGGCUGCGGAUGAAGAAGGUGACUCAUGUGCCAUGCCAUGAGACAGGAUGUACUCAGCGGACCUGCAAAGAGACAAUUCAGCUCAACCCAAGCAUGGUGUUUACUUAUAGUACAGCUCGACUAAGCGUUCUCACUCCUCAGCACAACUUGGAACAAAUAUGUUCUUGCAAUGACACAGCGUUGCGGUUUAAUGGACACAGCUACAUAUGGUACCACCACCAAGGAAAAAGAGUCUUGCCAAUUCAGUUCCGUUUGCAAACCCACCAGCUCCACGCUGUGCUGCUUACUAUCAAUGGAACAAAUAGUAUUGUGCUGCAGCUUGUUAAUGGAAGGCUUCACCUUGAGUACAGAUGCCGGAGUGGUUUCAGCGGGAACUUUUCAUCCAACUAUUCGGUGAAUGACAGAGCAUGGCACUCAGUCCUUCUGGAAGUGAAGAGCAAUUCUAUCCAUUUGCUUGUUGACGGCUUGGCAAAUGCAUCUGUUCAGCUACCAGAGGCUUGCAGCGUUUCCCAUUCCAGGAGAGAUCUGCUCAUCGGAGGAUUUGUGCAGCAUCAUCAGGCCCAGAAGAUCACCAGUGGGUUUCAAGGCUGCCUGGAUGCCAUUACAGUUGAUGAAAGAGACGUGGUGAUCUUGCCAAAGGAAAAGCGGUCCAGGGGGCUUGUGGAAGAGGCAGGCAUUAGGCAGUGCUGCCCUCACACUGGUGCCUGCAGCAGCAGUCCCUGCCUCAAUGAUGGGCUGUGCACUGAGCUUCCAGGUGGCGUAGAUUAUUCUUGCAUCUGUCCCAUCCAGUUCUCUGGGGACUACUGUGAAGUUGCUGACAGCCUUUGUGAAGCCAAGCCCUGCUUAAAUGGAGGCACCUGCACCCUUUCCGAGAGUGCUGGCUACACUUGCCAUUGCCCCGAUCAGUACUGGGGAGAAAGAUGUGAAAAGCUUGCUGAAGAAUGCCUACAAAAUCCAUGCCAGAAUGCUGGGCGCUGUGUGGCUUCUGAUGCCUCAGUUCACUGCAUCUGCACGGGUGACUUCCAAGGGACAAAUUGCACACAGAAGAUUGCACCAUCCAACUGGCUCUUAGGAUCCAGAGAGAUUGCUACGAUUUCUGCUGGGGUCUCUGGCUUAAUCAUUCUGGUGGCAGUCCUCACAGUAAUCUUCAAAUGCUACCGCCGUAAAGUCAAAGCCCAUAAGCCAGUGGCCAAGGAAGACCCAGACCUGCUCUCCAAAAGUGAAUUCUCCAAAAGUGUGGGGGUUGGAACUCAGGGUCUUCCCCCCAUUGAACUCAACAUCCUCAGCGAUGGCCACCACAACCACCUUGACCAUGAUGCACUCCACCCAGGCAAGCCUACUGACACCCCAGAGCUCAUCACCUUCAAUACAAGCAAUAUCCAGAAGCAACGGGGUGCCAUUGUGUGCAGCGUGGCCCCCAACCUCCCCCUGGCUGCACCCUCAUCUGACAAUGAGUCCAUCAUCAAGAGCAACUGGGCUGGAGAAAAGAUGGUGUACCCAGGAGAGACAACCUACUGGCCACCAAGAUACCAGCCAGCAGAUAUGCAAGAGUAUCAUCAAUACGAAGUUAUUCAAGGCCCCCUUCCACCUUCUCCACGGCAUCGUCCUCCACCUUCCAUAGACUCAGAUCCAGCUGGCCUUUAUGGUGGCUUCCCUUUCCCACUUGACCCAAGCAACAAGCGGGCCCCUCUCCCACCCCGCUACAGCAACCAAAAUCUGGAAGAUUUCUUACCCCCUGGUUCUGCUGAGCUACCUGCUUCCCAGUGCCAGAAUGAAUACACGGCCAUUAGCUACUACCCUUCUCAGCUAGUCGAGAAUGAGGGGCCACCUUACCAUCCUGACCGUGGGUACAAGAGGGUAAGCAUGCGACUCAGCGUGGCUCAGCCUUCCUAUGCAGACUGCGAGGUGAGGCCUACAUCCAAUGUGAGAACUCAGUCAGUGCCACCUCCAAAUUAUGAGGGCUCUGACAUGGUGGAGAGUGACUAUGGAAGCUGUGAGGAGGUGAUGUUUUAGUGGGACCGAGUCUGACUUGAAAUGAGAAGGAAUAUUGAACGUCAGAUUCCCUCCACACACACAAUAAAUUUGAAGGAGUGGCCAUUUUCUUUGAGUAGCCUUUUCUGGAACGUGCUGCAUUCUGCCAUCUCCACACAGAACUAUAUUGAAAACUAUCAUUGGUGCUUCUGCCCAUAGUUCUGUCAACCAUGGUUCUGCUUUGGCUUGGAUUCCAGAUUAACCUUGUGGCUGUUUUGAGUUGGAUUGCAUCUGGAUUGCACAGGGUGUUACUCCAAGAACUGUAAAAGCCUUUCACCAAGGAUUGACAGCAAAAUCUUCUUGCCGACACCAGCUCCUUUAGAAAUGGAGAGAGAGCUGCCACGCAUCUCUCCAUCCCAUGCAUGGAAGUCUUUGCCAACAGGUUCUGCACAGAAAGACCUAGAAUUCAUUUUAACCGAGGAACAGCAGACAUUUGUGGUUGUCAACUGCCACGGCAGCAGAAAUGAGGACUGAGCUGUUGCUUACUGUAAAGGACGUUUUGUAAUAUGACAGACAUCUCUUUGUGUUCUGCCUUUGGUUCUAACACCAAAGCUUUCAACUGGACUAAAAAAAACUCGCCCAGAGAGAACUGGGGUGGUGGUUGAGAACAGGCUGCCCUGCAGUUCUGUGUCUCCUUGCUCCUUUCAUAUAGAGGGGCGUUCUGCUGUCACAUUUGUUCAUUCUUUGGCCUGUCACUCUCAAGCCUUUUGGAUGAAAGAGGGUAGGGGGGACAAAAAAGAAAGAACAGUUUCACAUUUCUGUAGGAGAAAGAAAUGCUAAGCCAAGCAGGUCAUUUCUUUAUCUUACACCCUAAAAGAUUACAGGUCAUGGGCAAUGUAAGGCUAUUGACUGGCAGGUAGUGAGUGAAAGAAGUGUGUUUUUCCCCCACUAGAAAUUUGCCACUUGCUCCGUUUGCACCACAAGCCUUUUAAGACCCAAGGACUCCAUGUUAAUCAAACCAAGGAUCUCAUGAAUGGAGGUUGUACGAGUCAGAUCAGAUGGGUUUGUUCUGAUAAUAUGAUCCCCAUAAUUAGCGGUAGCCUGUGUACCAAUCACAGUGGUGCACCUAGGUAAUUUUGGAAUCUGGACCAAAAUACUGGUGGGGCUGUGCAUUCUCCUUGGCCUGCAGCUCAGCUGCACCCUAGCAGGUUGUAAGUCUGAACAGUCUUUGUUGAAAAGUCUUUGCAUAUAUGCACACUUUGACCUGGAUCUAAAGCCUGUGCCAUCACGGGCUUGCAAUACUCUAUUCUAACUGUGUAGGUGUGCCAGAGCAUCUUGCCGUUUUCAAGGGCUGCUGGGCCAAACGGGGUGGGGAGGCCUGCUUGGCUCACCCACCCCACAUCCCGGCCACGCACAUGGUGGCUAGAAUUAGUGAAGUUUUUGGUGCUGCAGGGCAGCAGCAGUAUGCUUGCAGGGAGACCCUCAAAAAAUGCAGGUUCCCUUAAAAUAAAACUAUUAAAAAACUAAAAAAAAAUUUAUAAGCUUGCGGCAGGGGAGGGGGUGCGCGGAGGGGGGUGGUUCCGAAGCCCUUCCUGUCCAGGCACCAAAAUGACCUAGAUGCGCCCCUGCUGGCUACACCUACAUCAGCUUAAAUAUAUGCCAUGAACCACAGGCAUCUAACAUUUACUCCUUGCAUAUAUGCACACUUUGAUGCAAGACUGUAUGCGAGAGAAGAUGUGUGAGAAUCUUUUAGGAGCAAACACUGUCAUGGAAAAGAGAGUCCAUGCACUCGCAUCCCAAAAAUGAGCACUGAAGCAGAUUAUUUAAUACAAGGCUGGCCUGUACAUUGUUAAUGCCUGGUUUUGCACUAUUUCUCGGCCAGUUUACUGUGUGUAUUUGUUUAUCAAAAGCAAUAUCUAAAGCCACUGACCAGGCUUAGACACGGCUCCAACAACCUAGAAUUGUCUGGCUUGGGACUUACAGGCACUGUACAGCCAGAGUCCAUACAACCCCACUCUAGACAAGAUAUUAUUCUGAAAAAAAAAAAACUUCAACAGUAGCGAAUGACCUUACGACGCACAUGGGGAAGAAUUUUGCAAGUAACCCUCCAGAUCCUGUUAAAUCAGACUGAAGCUAUAUAAAGUACAUGAACUUUAUUAAGAAACAGGGGUUGCAAAAUAGGGCGAAAUGGAGUAAAGAAAAGAAUACAGGAAUUAAAAAGAAAAUUUAAAAAGCAUUUACUAACUGACUAGCACUGAGUUUUACUUUAGUGAGUCUAUCAGUAGGCAGGUCCUUGGCUGAGAGAGUGUUAAUCUCUACUGCUUCUCAGUGGAACAUCCAUUUUUGCAGAUGGAAAAGGGUGAACACUGACCAGGCCUUUGUCCUCUAGCUUUAAAGCCAUGAGGGAGGGGGUGAGUGGGGCUCACGCCUGUCCAUAGUUCAAAGAGUAUUAUGAUUUUCUCCCCUCUGGGUGGUGAGAUGCAAAGUGGCCCUAUCUCCUGUGUCAGGUAAGAUUAGGGAAUUGGUGAAGGGAAGGUCUGUUAAGACAUUGUGGAGUGAUGCUCUCACUUCAAGAUGAUAGUCUGUGUUUGUCACACAAUAAAAUACUUUUUUAACA